AAGCGCGAAAUGAAUUGAAUGUUUAUGUCUAAGGCCUAAAAUUUGUAUUCGUAUGACAGGUGGAACGAAGAAACAUCGACUUUAACUGGUUUCAUAAUUAACUGUUUAUCAGCAACGACUUGGCCGAUCAUUAAAAAGCAGAAAUUUUUUACACGUUAAAGAAUUGGAUAAUCUCUUCUACAGUUGAUGGAAGCGAUCCUGCUGUUCAGCUUGUCCAAUUUUCACUUGAUACUGGCCUAGCCUCGUAGGAUCAAGUUCUACAUACAGGCAGCUGUUUUUCAAAGAAGGCGCCUUGGUCGAUGGAUUUCAGUAUUCAAUGUAUUGCAGACUGACAGCAGAUGUUAUUUGUAAGCUGUUUAGUUUUUCGCAAAUAAUUGAGCUAAAACAGCUGUAUUGAAUUUUGCGAGAAUCAGAAAAGAGAUCAGUUUCGGAGUAUUCUAAGUGGAGGGUUAAGCACUGGGUUCAAAUAAGUUUGCAUUUGUCAUUGAUGCUUUGGAUUGCAAAACACAUUCAGAUACCUUCACUGGAUCAAAAUGAAGUAGAAAAUCGUCCAAUUUUGCUUCAUUGCACUCAAGUUUAGGUUCAUAAAUUGAUAUUCAAGUAGAAAUGUGCAGAAUAUAAUAGUGCAUAAAGAAAAUUUCAGAAGUAUGUCAGCUUCAAAUACUGAAGUAUCCUGACGAAGCAUACCUCGCAAUGCCCGUUGAGCAGUCACCCACAAGUGCCUUUGUUAGGCCAAGACAAGAACAACAACGCACAAGGUUGGCCGAAAAAGUUCAAACUGAUAGUUUCUAUGGAGCAAAACACAUGGUCAAGCCAGAUUCAGGGACUGAGGGGAGAGAAAAGGGAAAACAAGAAAUCAAUAACAAUGAUGUAAUGAGUAAAGGUAGUCUAAAGACCACAGAAAUUGCUGUCUCAAGUGGAAUACCAAGGAGGAACUUUAUGAAAGGUGCUGACACUGAUCAGAUGUCAAAACAAUCCAGAGAAUUGCAGAGAAGAGAAAAUGCAGAAAAGAGUAGUCCAAAGCCAAGAAGAAAAUUACCAGCUGCUCCAACUGGAUCAUCAAUGAGACCUAGAGGUUCAGGAAAUGAUAGUAUCUCUAGGCGAUCAACACCAGAUCAUUCAAGAAGAUCAACUCCAGAGAGACAGGGUUACCUAGAAAAGUCCCGUGCAACACCUGAGAAUUUACAUAAAACUCCUGAAAAUCUAAGGAAAGUUGCUGAUAGUUUACGGAAAACACCAGAAACUGUAAAAGCUACACAAGAUAUACCAAGACAAUCAUUGGAAAAUUCAAAGAUUCCUCAAGAUGCUUUUGGGUAUAAAAAGGAAAAUACAAGAAGUACACCUGACAAUACAAAUAAAUCCCAAGAGCCAGUGACAAGGAAGCAUUCUGAUUCAGCUGAUAAAAAUAGCAAGAUAUUUAAAUUUCGAGAAGGAAGUACUACUUUACCAACAAAAUCUUCAGAAUCUUCAAAAUCCAAAGGACUUCUAAGUAGUAUGAAGUAUAACAGCCUUCCAAGGCGCCAUCCACCAAAAAAUCACUCAAAAUUUUAUUUAGAUAUUGAAGGGGAAGAAUGUUUACAAGUGAAAACAGAAGAUCAUGCAUACAAAAUUGAAAAAGAUGGCAAGAAAGAUUCUAAUGAGAAAAAUAAUGGUGAUAAUGGUUUAGGGAAAAUGUCCUCACUUACAAGGAAUGGCAAAAUCUUUGGGAGUUAUGGAAUAAAGAAUUCUAGCAAUGAAUCCUCAUCAGCUUUUGAAAACAGUCCUCAUGAUUUGAAGCAAACACAUGUUGCUUUAUAUAAGUUUAUACCAAGACAUAAAGAUGAGGUAAUUCUACAAGAGGGAGAUCCUAUUCAUGUUGUUAAAGUUGGUGAUGAUUUAUGGUUUGAAGGGACUAACUUAGCUUCUGGUAAAUCAGGGACAUUCCCCAGCCGUUAUGUAGCUGACAUUUUAUCAGGAGGAAAUAUGUCUGCAGGAAUGAAUGCAGAGGAUCAGCAAUUCUUUUUAAGAUUCCUUGGAUCAGUGGAGGUUGCUGAUUAUAAGGGUGAUGAAAUUUUAUGCUAUGCUAUUUCGAAGAUUGUAAACCAAAGAGCCAUGCUAUCAUCAGCCACUCCUCCUGCUUGCACACUACAAGUCUCCUCAAGAGGAAUAAGGGUCUGUGACUUUGAUGAAAAGCAGCAGUCUUUGAAAUCUUCUCCAAAAGCACCAAAGAAAAAUAAAGGAAAAGACAAAGAAAAGCUGAAGGAUCAAAGAGAGAAUCAGCCUACACCAACUCACUUCUUCUCAUUAAAGAAUGUAACAUUUUGUGGAAACCACCCAAGAGAUAGAAGGUACUUUGGGUUUAUCACCAAGCAUCCUGAUGAUCACAGGUUUGCCUGUCAUGUCUUUAUGUCAAACUUUUCAACAGAUCCAGUUGCUCAAGCAGUAGGAGAUUGCUUCAAGGCAUUCUAUUCACAGUAUUUAGACUACAGAGCACCAACUGAGGAUAUUUACAUGGAAUAGUGGCUUGAAGAAUUUGGUACAGUGGUCAAUAGGAAUAAAUUAUUGUGGAAAUUUAGUCUGCAUCUAUAUUGCCUUGCAUUGUGGUGUCAAAGUAAUUAACCUUAAAAGCGUAAAUUUUGAAGGUAUCUAUAAAUCCAUUAUCUGUAUCUUGCGUUGCAUCAUUUUCAGCAAUUCAUUGUCAUCAAAUUGUCAUGUGAUGUUCUGCAGAUGAUGACUUUGAAGAGGGAAAUUGAUACUGGAGCCUUAAUGUUUAUAACCAGUACCAUAGUUAAAAAUAAAUGUAUAGUUUUCUGUAAAUUGGGCUCAUGGUGUGAAAUAAACAUUCCUGCGAUGGGUUGGGCCUUGCUGUCUUCAGGUUCCAAUAUCUGCUCAAAAAUAUAUACCUACUUAAUAUUUGCAUGUUGUGUAAUGUUUACAUUGUAGCCCUUUCUUGUAUGCUUAAAGGCUAGCACAAUUCAUUUAUAAAUAAAAUUAUGUACUUUAGAGAAUGUAUAGAAUUGCAAUUUAGGCAUUUGUUUUGUAUUAUGCAUUUUUAUUCUAUUAUGUUAAACUAUGGUCUAUCUAUCCUAAUCUGUCCAAAGGGAGUCUCUAAUUGUUUCCAUGCAACACUGUCAGCUGCAGUUUGUCACUGGGAUGUCUUCUUAAGGGAGUCUGUAAUUAUUUCAUGCAACAAUGUCUGUUUCACUCUGUCAUAGGGUUGUCAGAAACAAUCCUUUAUUUUCUGAGAACAAAUGUUUUGAAUGUUUAUACACAUCAGAGUAAGAUAUUGGUUUUGCAGUCUAUACAUUGGAUACAAAGCGAAAACUUUCAAUCCCAAGUUUGUUUAGCAUAGAUAAAGACUUAUUAGUCUCCUUGAUGAUACUAAGUAAAAACUAAUUAUUUGAGCACUGUAACAAAGUUGCCUAUAAUGCUAGAUGUGAACUUUAAUUAUUUGUAGUUUCAGUUAAAUUUAUUAAUUUAUAGAGGUGUAUCCUUAUUAAAUAUUUUUUACAUGUUUUGCCGGUUCAAACUGUAUGAAUUCAUGUAUGUUGCAAAAGUUGUGUAGAAGAAGAACAGAAGAUAUUGCCAGUAUUCAGCAGAUGCUCUCUUCUUUUUAUCAAUAAAAAUUCUUCUUUUUA